GUGCAGGAGGGCGGGACUGCUCGGGCGCACUGGCAGCCGGGUUCAGACAGGGUUAAGACCAUCACCUGCAGUUGAAGAGCGACCCAGAUGGGAAGUAGGAAGUGCCGCGCCUGAGCUUCCUGUAUAAAUAAACGCGCGGCUCCUGGGGCUGCUGCUGGCGUGCGGCGCCCCACGCUCUGCAAGGUUCCCGGGCAUCGCAGCUGUGCCCCGAGGCGGGAGGUGGUUACAGGUACUCCUCCUCCGGCCCAGUAGGUCUGGGAGCCCGAGCCCUGGUGCAGUCCUGCAGAGCGCGACGCUGUCAGCGGCAGAGGGAGAGAAUGGAACAACUCCUCCUCCCCGGGGUGCGAGCAGCCCCGGCUGGCGGUGAGCGCGAGGGAGUCUGCUGAGAAGCCCGGCGGCCGGGAGGAACGUAGCUCUCCUGCCAGGGAUUGAGGAGACUGAAGAACGCUGAAGACAGGCUGAUGGGCUCAGCUGGUAGGCUCCACUGUCUCACCAUGACCGCUGCCGAAAAUCCCACACCUGGAGACCUAGCUCUGGCCCCCCUCGUCACUUGCAAACUCUGCCUGUGUGAACAGUCUCUGGACAAGAUGACCACGCUCCAGGAAUGCCGGUGCAUCUUUUGCACAGCUUGUCUGAAACAGUACAUGCAGCUGGCAAUCCGAGAAGGAUGUGGGUCUCCCAUCACUUGCCCUGACAUGGUGUGCCUAAACCACGGGACCCUACAGGAAGCUGAGAUUGCCUGUUUGGUAUCUGUGGAUCAGUUUCAGCUUUAUCAGCGGUUAAAAUCUGAACGAGAAGUUCACCUGGACCCCUACAGAACGUGGUGUCCUGUCGCAGACUGUCAGACGGUAUGCCCCGUCGCAUCAAGUGAGCCAGGACAGCCCGUGCUCGUGGAGUGCCCUUCUUGCCACCUGAAGUUCUGCUCGUGCUGCAAGGAUGCUUGGCAUGCAGAGGUCUCCUGCAGAAACAGUCAGCCUAGCGUCCUGCCAACAGAGCACGGGGCCCUCUUCGUGACGGAGGCAGAAGCCCCCAUUAAGCAAUGCCCAGUGUGCCGGGUUUAUAUUGAACGCAACGAAGGCUGUGCUCAGAUGAUGUGUAAGAACUGCAAGCACACGUUUUGCUGGUACUGCCUCCAGAACUUGGACAAUGACAUUUUCCUCAGACAUUAUGACAAAGGGCCGUGUAGGAAUAAGCUCGGCCACUCGAGAGCCUCAGUGAUGUGGAACCGAACACAGGUCUGUGAGUUCCAAGAAAAUGUCCUCCUCUUCCAAUUGCCUGCAUCAAUGGAGUCCCAUUUAGCCACACACUUGAAGGAUUACGCGUCAAUUUCGGAUCAGUGGGAGGCGGAACCCGCGGGGGCGGAACCCGGAGACGGUACGGUCAUUUUAUGUAAGGGACUUGUGCGUCCACGGUCAUUUUAUGUAAGGAACUUGUGCGUCCACGAGUUCGUAUUCGUGUGUGUCCUGGAGCCAGUCCCCAGAGGAUACCGAGAGCCGACGCUGUAAGUAUAUAUGUGCAUAUAUACACAGAAAUGUAUAUAAAUAUAUGUAUACCGGUGUACACGGGUACAUACAUGUCUGUUCGGGACUUUGGAAGCAAGGCUAUGCCAAGGCAGCGGUAGGCCAUGCGGAAAGAAACCGCUAAAGCACGGUUGUCCCAGGGCAGCAGCGACCACAGCCUCACCUUUGUGCUGACAAGGCUUCUGGAUAUGAUCGUAAUUGAAUAAGCUUCGGGCCUGCUUCUUUUUCUGCCUUUGGAUGCCUUGUGUGGAAGUUAUCUCUAGGUAUGCAGUGUAACUGGGGAGGGUAGUGUGGGCACUGGGGUGCCCUAGAGAGCUGGGGCCACUUGCCCAGCUCUCAGAUGAAAGCAUUUCACAUGGAUGUGGAAAAGAGUUUUAAGAGGGGCCACUGACAGGACUGCACUCUCAGAAAUGGGUGGCCCUUCUCAGUAACUCUUUCCAGUUCUCCUAUUCCCCUUUACCACCUCCUCCUCCAUGGUGAAGCACUCAGGGCUGAAAGGUGCUUCCUUCCUGGUUUAGGGCAGAGAAUCUCUUCCCAGGUCUUGGGCUCUCCCCAGCGGGGAAGGAGUGCCAGCUCUUACAAAGGCUUUAUUGUGUGGUGUCAGGAGGGGCUGGCCCAGGACGGGCAAGGCAGCUCUGUUGUGGGCCAAAGAAGAAGCCCUAGUAGGGAUGGUCUAAUGGGAGGAAAGGAUGUUGGUGGGUGUAUGGUUAAAUCAUAGUAGGGGAUUUCAGUGAAAACCCAAAAAUUAUGUGGUGGUUCCCCUUCUUUCACAGCAGCCUAGAAUGCUCUUUUAUGUGAGCUGUCUUCAGGGAGGAUUAAGAAAUCUGGAAACAACAUGGUUUUACUGCCCCAAUUUUUUGCUUUCUUGGGCUCUUCUUUCUUCCCCUAUCUCAUGGUUUUUCAAGGUUGAAUCUGGAUGUGGAAACAGUACUCUGGGUCCUGUUCUGCUCAGGGUGGGAUUUGUCUGAAGUAUUUAAGGUCCCCUUAAAUCAGGGGCUAUCUCGGGGCCUGAGAUAGCACAGUACUUCUGUCUUCCAUCUCCUUCCCCCAACCCCAGUGAAAGUGAGGGUACCAGUGCUGGCUGUAGGUAUGAUUUGCCUUUGGUCCCUGGGAAGUCUGUGGGCCUGGAGGUGUAGGUGUGGGGCCUUAGGGCAUUUCCAUGGCAGUGUCAUUCUGGUCUUCAGGUUCUUCUUCUGUAGUUUUCAGAACAGUCCUUGGGUUGCUGGGAGCCAGGGGUCUGUAUUUGGGUCUGAAUCCUGCUGCCAGUUAGUCCUGUGACCUCAGGUAAUUUACUGCAUCUCAUUUUCCUCCCGUUACCUGUUGGAUGGGAACACUUUGUCAAUUAUAAAUUAGUGUAAAGAGCUAUAAUUCUGGUACUUACAUGGUGGCUAGCUUGAUUUUUGUUAAGCAUGUAUGUAUAGGGAGGGAGGAGAACGUCAUCAUUGAGUUUAGGGUCAGAAAGAAAGAUUCUGUAAACUUAAAAGUGUGGUUGCUGAGGGGCAUAGAGGAAAGGAAAGCACAGUAGGUGCAUUUCAGAGUGUGGUCAGUUGCAUAGACCAGAGAGAAAAGGUUGGGGUGGGGGAGCAGAAGGAGAAAAAGCUGGCUGGGCCUUCUGUUAAAAGCUAUGAGAGAUGACUUUUUUGGUGCAAAGAGAUAACAAAAUCUCUCCACAGUGCCUCACAUUCAACCAUUAGAGAUUUAUUCCUUUGGAUGAAACACUGUCUUUUUGGUUACCAUUCUCAUUUAAAAUAUAGAUGUUUCUAGGGGUAACAUAUUAAUCUAUAUAUACCUUUUUCUGUUCAUUUCCCAACCUGACAGGGACAGCCUGGGUAAAAGUGAUGGUACAGGAUUAACUGUGAAGGAUAAGUUAAAUCAGUCUAUGGAUGAAGAGGAAAACUUUAGAGAUUUCUUUUCACUUACUUCACCAUUUUGCUUAGACCUCAGCUUCACGUGGAGUUUGCUGAGAGGAUAGGGAAUGAGUGUGCCGAGGCUUCUGCCUGAUACUGGAACUGAGUCGGGGUGAUACUUUAACCAGAGAGUGGAGAAAACAAAUCCCUGGUGUCUAGAUACUGAAUAACACUUCUCUUCCCUCACUGUAUGCUGUUGAGUAUGUUGGCCAAGCUCAAUGGAAACACUGCAUACCCAGGCAGAAGCACCUCAUGCCUUCUGCAGAGAAACUGCUUUUCCCUUCACAGCCUGUGUUGCCUCAAGACAAGCUCUGAUAUCAGGGGGAAAUGUGUGCUAAUGGCAAUUAAUAACCCGUCACAGUUCACAAAAGCCUUUCAAAUCCAUUAUGGCAUUUUGUUCUCACACAUUCCUCUCAGGGAGGUAGAUGAGAUUCUGGAUCUAAUUAGUAUAUGAGAAAAUGAGAACUCUGAGUUGCUGGGAAAAUCAUGAAGUUGCCUUGAAGCCACAUUGCUGGCCCCUAGCAAUUGAAUCAGUGUUGACGAUGAUAAUGGUAGGUGCUUCUUCUGUUAGAAUAUCAAUUUAUUUUUGUUUCUUUAGCUCCUCUCUGAUGAAAAUGAUACCUACAAUGGCAAAUUUGAGGCACCAUAUGUGAAAUGCUGAGACCCCUUGGUGAGAAAGGGGACAUUGAAAGCCAAGCAUGCUUGCGCAGUUACUCUGAUGCAGCAGUUUUCUGGUGCCAUCUAGUGCUUCACAGUAGGAAUGGCAGAUGAAUGGCUCAGUCAUAAAAGGACACAGGUUGCAGCAAAGUGAGUCUUUAAGGUGACAGAGUUGAGUUUUUCUUAAACUGGGUAUGUAAGUCAUUGUAUUUAUUUUCAGAGGUUUGAGAAGAUUGUUUUCUUUAAAAGUUGUCUUCUCCCACAGAUACUUUAGGAUUGGGAGGAAAGACCUGAUGAACAAAUUCAUAGCAUGUUAUAUUAUUCAUUUUACCCAUGGGUAGUUGCAUAUUAAGAGGACUACAGAGAAAGAACAAUAAUUAACCCUAAAGAAGGGAUCCCUUUAAUUGACUCUGAGUCCUUUGAGGGUAGGGAGUAAGUUGGUUAUCUUCAUACCACUAGCCUAGCAAACACUGGCCACAUAGUAGGUACCAGUGAAUAUGCGUUCUGUCUCUCACUGAUGGUAUGAUUUCACCCCAGUGGCAUCUGGAUGAGGAAGGUGUACACCCUGCUGGCCGGUGGUCUUCUCAGAUCGUGAGUGAGUUAUGGGAUUCUUCGCUUAUUUUCACAGAGGCAGGUAGCCUGAGAAUGGGAGGCAUGUAUCUUUGAGACAAAUACCAACCUGGUCCUUUUCUAGAAGCAGGGCUGAAUAUUUUAAAGGAUAGUUAAGGAAUAUGAAAAUAUAAGAGCAUUUAAGGCAUAAAACAGAGAGAAUGUUAAAAAUCCAUUUAUAGGCCCCAUCCUUAAAACUGGAAUUAGGAUUAGAGUCAGGGACCCUAGCUGAACGAUAGAACAGGCAUGGGCCUUAAUUUUAGAAUGGUUUCCCCUGAGGCAGAGCUUUCUGAGACACAACUCUUGCCUUUAAGGGUGAGCUUCAGAAAAAAGAUACUUGGAAACAAAUAUGGUUGACCCUUGAACACUGGUUUGAACUGCGCAGGUCCACUUUUACUCAGAGUCUUUCGAUCGUAAAUAGUAUAAUACUGCAGGGCCCGAGGUCGGUUUAAUCUGUGGAUGUGGAACCAUGGAUACAGAGGAACUUAGUAUACAGAGGGCCAAAUAUAAGUUAUACUCGCGUUUUCUACUGUGUGGAGGGUCGGUGCCUCUAACCUUGCAUGUUCAGGGAGGGUCAACUGUAGUUUGCUCUUUAGACAUUUUAAUUCUUGCUCUUGGUGACCCUAUGCAUAGGGCAUCACUAAACAUCCCUAGCCCUAGGUUUCACCUGGCUACUUAUUGUUGAGCUAUGGUGAGGGCAUGUAGCCAUGUCUGCUAAUGUUCAAUCUAACAUCCACAUGGAAAGGUACAUGCUUUGAGCCUUUCUUUUAGGAACUGGGAGUCAAUCUAAGGAGGCAGAGUCUACAGGCCUAAAAUAAGUGUGAUGAUACUUACUCUUCAUUUCUAUUUCAUUUUUACAUUUGCUUUUAGCAACAGCUGUGUGCAUGAAAAUGUGUGCGGGUCAAACAUGGGACUAAGUAAAGGAAACUGGUUAGUUCUUUUGAAAAACAAAGAAUCUUUUUGAAAAGUAAAUAAUCACACAAUUCAACUUGAUAAUCUAUGUGUAGGCCAAGAUAUGUUCAUUAAGGGUCUCUCUUGUUAAAUACAUGUUCCAUGUUUAAGCGAUUACAGAAAUUCAUUUAAUCCUUGAACAAGAAAUGGAUUGGCUUGUAGAUAUUUAUUGAGGCAAAAAUGCAUAUGUCCCUUUAUUACAAAAAUUAUAAAUCACGAAUAGAUUUUCAGAUCAACCCUCCAAAAGCUAUUAAACCCAUGAGAUAGGUUAAAUAAUGCAAUUUGUAACUGAAGCAAGUAAAAAGAAUACAGGUAGAAUAGUCAAAACUAUGAAGGAGAUGCCAGAUUCAGUAGAAAUACAUUUUUAGUUAUCAGGGUUGUUUCAGUAAACGUAGUGUUAGAGAAACAUGAAGAAGAAAAAUACCUUUGUAUUGAGAUGUUGGUGGCACUGAUUCUUGUGUCUAAGUUAGUCUAAAAAUGGGUAGCCUUCUUGCGUUUGUUCAAAGUUGGCCGUUUUUCCCCUCAGAAUUGAAGCAGAGUAAGAAGAGGAGAGAUUUUUUUUCUGGACUUAGCACAUAAGAUCUAGAAAAUAAAGAUGGAAGAAGAGAAUUUAAAAAAAAAAAGUGUGGGUGUGAAAAAGAUAUCUUGAAGUUAGCAAGUGGCCUGUAAGUAGAGAAGUUAAGAAAAUCAACUCACGGGAGUUUGUACAACCUCCUGAUUCCCAAAGGAAGUGAAUCUAUGUCUGCUAGUUUCCAUGUUGGCUGACAGUUAUGUACGUUAAAAGGAAAAUAGUAUUUUGCAUGUUUAAUGACUUUUGAAGAUCAUUUGCAAAGUUUUUUUUUUUUUUUUCACAUAGCAACAUGAUACAAUGGUUUGGGAAAGAAAUUUCAAUUCAGGAAUUUUCUUUAAAAUCAAAGUCUAACCCCCCUCCCUAAUCCCCGUUAGCAUUGAUGUUUUGAUUCCUAUACCAGUAAAGAGCCUAGCUUGGGCUUUUCAGGGUGACAUCCCAUCCAAAAUCUCAUGGCAAGCAAGCUUUUCACAAGUAUCCAGUUGCCUUUCUGUCUCUCUAUGUGUCAGACAGGCAGGCAGCUGUGAGUCAUCAAAUACACAUUGGGGUCACUUGGGAGAUAGUCUUCAUGAAAAUAAAAAAUGGGUUUGAGUAUUUAUUGAUUUUUUUCUCUUCAGUGUGGAAUGAGAAAGCUCCGUCAAGUAAAGCAGUGGGUCCUUAAAGUGUGGUUCAGGACUAGCACCGUCUAAGUGAUGCACUUGGGAACUUGUCAGAAAUGCAGUUCUCAGGCUUGAUCCCAGACCUACUGAAUCAGAAACUAUGUGUGUAGGACCCCAGGUGAUUGUGAUCCACACUCAAGUUUAAGAACUUCCGAGUAAGUUCUGCGUGGAUGAGGUGGGGAGAACUAAGGGAAGUAGGUUAGGCAGUGAAACCAGUUCAGGCCAACUCCUUCCAAAAUACAGUCAUUGUUCUAUGGCUGAAAGAAGUUUGAAAGGAACAUUAAAGGUGGUCUCCUGCAGUGUUAGGAAAUCAACCAAACACAGCUCGAGGGAGAGUGGAAAGGGAUGGGGGGAGUACUACUGAUUUUCUCUUGGGGUUGAAGCUGAAAGGUUAAUCAGGUCUACAAUCCCUUAUUCAAAUUUCUAACUCACAAAGCUCUGAAAACCAAGAGUUUUAAUGUAAGUUUGGCACCAAAAUUCAUUGGUGGCAAAACCUGUCUGGAAUUCAUAUGAGAUUAUUUAUGAUCAUUAUAUUUAUCCCACUUAGAGUGAAUAUUUGUGUUUUGUUUUGAUAAUAUUUGAUAAAAUAUUAAUACAUUUGAUUAUGGGGUAAGGCCCCAUAUUCUACUGGAGGUCUUAGUAAUUCAUUAUAUUUGCUUUCUAAAUUCUGAAAAAUUCUCAAUUCUGAAGUAUAUCUGCCUCAAAGAUUUCAGAAAAGGGAUUGUGGAUCUGGAUAGGUUUAAGAGCCUCUGGUCAUUUCUCAGAGCCAGCCAACUGAACCAACUCCUUUUUCUCCCUUCCUCCUGUCUCCUCUAAUGACCCAACUGUCUGAAGUAAAGGGGUCCUCCACACCAAGGAUGGAAAGAUCCAAGCCAAGCCCCAAGGAUAGAUCUGCUGGGGAGGCCGUGGGUCUAAGAGCCACUGUUGGAGCCAAGAGACCCACCCUUUCUGUCCGGUGCUACCCAGACUGGAAAUUCCUUGAGAGUGGGCCCAUAGCUUGCACAUCUUUGAGCCCCAGUACCUUGCACAGAGCGUGAUGUGCUAAAUGAGUGGGAGAGGCCUUGUGAUGAAGAGGUAUAAUCCAGGAAGAUGGAAGCAGCUCCCGUUGGUAGAGUUGAGGCCGUCCUGCUUUGCCCUCAUCUUCCUAGGCCACACAGCUGUCAGAGCAAAGACUAACUGGUAGUAAAUGCAGAGGUUAUUCCUUCCCCCACCCCUGUGUCCCCCUUUUUAAAAAUUAGCUAAUUAGGAGCUAAUUGGCUAAUUAGCUCCAUAUUUUAUUCACAUUUUGUUAAUUUCUGCAUAAUGUCCUUUUUCUGUUCCUGGAUCUCAUCUAGGCUACCACAUUUACAUUACAUUUAGUCAUCAUGUUUCCUUAGGUUCCUCUUCCUGUGACAGCAGAGAGGUGAAGUGCCAUUCUCAUCACAUCCAUAUCAGGGAUUAUCGUUCCUUUUGACGGGGCUCUUCUAGGCUGUGGUUGUUGAUUGCUUACUGAUGCCUCAUUCUCUUUGUAUUGGGAUCUCAGGUAACUCUCCAGGGUUAUGCUCACUUCCACAGAAUUCAGAGUUGAGUUCUAGCUGGCUCAGCUGUGCUGACCUAACCAAGUAUUUCCAGUGGAAAAACCCAACUUAAAAAAGGAAUUUCUUAGUUCAUGUUUUUACAAAACCCCAAAUUUUGGUUUUAGGCAUUCCAGGAUCCAGGAACUCAAACACAGUCAUUAAGAAUCUGUCUCUCAUAUAUUGGCUUUGUUCGCUUUGGGUUGGCUUCAUUUUUAGGCUGGCUCUCUCCAAAAUUUAGAAAAGAGGAUUCCUAGAAAUUCAGAAUCUUUAUAUUAUCCUUAGAGCUAGGAUUUUCAGGAGAAAGAGCAUGCUUUCCUGAGAAAGUCCAGCAAAAGCACUUAGGGGAGGAAAUUCUUGUCUCAGUUUAGGUGGAUGCUUGUUUCAAAACCUGCAGCAGGCUCUACACUGCUCUGAUUGGCCAGGCUCAAGUCAUGUGCCCAUUUCCAGAGCUUGAGGGGUGGGGCCAGCCCCAUCUAAACCACAUGGGCUGCAAAGCAAAGAAGGGAAAGAAAGGUUGAAUGAGUUUUCUAAGCUUGUUUGUUAAAAUGGAAAUAGUAAUAUGUACAGGAGAUGUUCUGAGAGCAGAAAGAGAAAAUUGGUAUCCUAACGAACAUUUAUUUGAUGCUUACCAUGGUAUGCCAGGUGCUUUUCUAAGCAUUUUACAUAUACCAACUCAUCUAAUCUUCUGAGCCACCCUAGGAAGUAGAAAUCAUUAUUACCUUAAUUUUACAGACAAGGGAACGCAGGCACAGUCAUACUAUUGGCAAAUGGUGGAGACAGGAUUUAUGCAGACGCUCUGACCCAACAUGUUCUUAACAAUCUCAUGAUGCUGACUACUGAGAAAACAUUUGGCACAGGUAGUGCUGUGGUGCGUCGUGGAGACUUCCCUCCAGGACCGUGGUGUUAAUUCACUCAUCUCUGCACUUGUUGGGAGUGUUGGUUGCUGUGGGAUUGAAGUCCCUCACUUUCAGUUGCCCUCUGCAGAGGGGAGCAGCCUAGCCAGAGUUCACUUUGUCCUUAGGGACAGCCUGUAUCCAGUGACUGGUUGACGCAAAAGUUCAAACGCCUGUCGGCCUGGCCUCUGUAGGGCCAUCCCAGCUCUAGAGCUCCCUAUAAGACUAGUCAAUAUGUCCUUCUGCCCAAUGCUGCUUCCCUCACUGUCUUACAGGGUUGUCCCUGGAGCAUUCCCCAUAAACUCCUUUCUGCACACAAAUCUCAGUCUCAGAGUAUAUAACCCAGGGAACCAACUGAAGACAGCUAGUUGUUAUUCUUCAUCUUUGUGUCUUCCACAGAGUCUAGCAUAAUGAAAUCUUUGUCUAAGAUACUCCAAGAUGAAUGAAUGAAUGAAGAUAUGUAGACAUUACUUUGGGGAUAUACUAUUGACCCCAUCCCUUCUCUGAUAUGAGGACCCAAAAGUACAUGAAAUAAAGUCUCUGCUUAUAGGUCACUCUGUUAGGAAAGCCUUUCCUUACCAUCUAAUAUAAAAUUCCAUCUUCCUCCCUAUACUCUGUCACUCUCAGUCUCUCUUACUCUGCUUUACUUUAUCAUAACACUGAUCACCAAAGCUUUCUCUCUUUCUCUCUGCAUCUAUCCAUCUAUUUGAUGGAU